AGUGGUUUGAGGGAGGAAAAUAUGCGAAAAUAAUUCGCACACUUGGAUUCAUACCAGUAGCAGAGUGUGGAAGGUACUGCCAUUUGCUGUUGGAGGAUUUUCUGCGGCAGUGGUGUUUUAACACCACACAUCGACGGGACACCGAUGAGAUUGAAGGUGGACAGUGCUCGGAUUUUCCUCCGUCCUUUCCAGAGGUGCUUUUUUUAGGCGCAGCCUUUUUGUUUUGUCGCGCCUGCGUGUCCGCCCGGUCUUUCCAGCAGUGGCGGAGCGCCAUCACCGCGCCGCGGUCUUUUCCUCAAAGUGACCGUCCAACGGACUUGAGAGGGUUUGUUCCUUCGCACGGCUCUUCUUCUUUCCUGGAUUUUAUUUUUCACCUUUACACUUUUCCAAAACACGUAUCGGAGACGUUAGAAGGAUCAGAUUGAGAAAAUGUGCAUCCCGUGUUGUUUACACCAGCUGGCCUGUUGCUGUGGAUCAGCCGCCUGCUCCUUAUGCUGCAGUUGCUGCCCAAAAAUUAAGCAGUCCACUGGAACACGGAUUAUGUAUGCGAUUUACUUCCUAUUAGUCACAGUCAUUUGUGUUGUUAUGAUGUCUCCUACAGUAGCAGAAGGAAUGAAAACACAUAUACCGUUCUACAAUGACCUCUGUGAACAUCUGCAGGCAGGAGUAUAUUGUGAAAAACUCGUGGGAUAUUCCGCUGUCUAUAAAGUCUGUUUUGGAAUGGCAUGCUUCUUUUUUGUAUUUUUUCUUCUCAUGAUCAAAGUUCGUGACAGCAAAAGCUGCAGAGCCCACAUACAUAAUGGGUUCUGGUUUAUUAAAUUUGUGGUUUUGACUGCAUGCUGUUCAGGAGCAUUCUUCAUUCCAGAUCAGGAUACAUUCCUUGAAGUAUGGCGAUAUGUGGGAGCAACAGGAGGAUUCCUUUUUUUAAUAAUCCAACUCAUUCUACUAGUGGAAUUUGCCCACAAAUGGAACAAGAACUGGACAUCAGGUACCAAGCACAACAGGUUGUGGUAUGCUGCACUGGCAUUUGUUACCUUAGUGCUGUACUCUGUUGCAGUUGGAGCCUUAGUUGUUAUGGCCGUUUUCCACACUCAUCCUGAGGGCUGCACCCUCAACAAGAUAUUCUUAGGAGUCAAUGGUGGGCUAUGCUUGUUUGUCUCACUGCUGGCUAUUGCACCUUGUAUACAGAAACUUCAGCCAAACUCUGGUCUUUUGCAGUCUGGAGUCAUCAGUGUAUAUGUCAUGUACCUUACUUAUUCAGCCCUUGCAAGUAAACCUACAGAGUACAUACUAGGACCCAAUAAUGUGAAUGUUUCCAUUUGUGCUCCGUCCUUUGGUACAAGCCUGGAGGGUGACAACAAAAUCGUGCCAACUUUGGGAACAAUUAUAUUGUUUGCCUGCAUUUUAUACUCCUGUUUAACUUCAACAACUCGAUCAAGUUCUGAAGCUUUACGAGUAUGCAAGACUUCUGUUCCUGAAAACGAGGUAGCCCGUUGCUGCUUCUGUUGUGCCCCCGAUGAUGAUGGUGAUUAUGAAGUGGGUAAUGAAAACGGUGGGCAGAAAAUAAUUCUUGAUGAGAAACAAGGCACAGUCUACAGCUAUUCUUUCUUCCAUUUCAUCUUCUUUCUUGGAUCACUGUAUGUGAUGAUGACGGUCACUAAUUGGUUUCACUAUUAUGAUGCCAAAAUUGAGAAGUUAUUUCAUGGAAGCUGGUCUACAUACUGGAUCAAGAUGGCUUCCUGCUGGGCCUGUCUUCUGCUAUACACAUGGACCCUUGUUGCUCCUAUUGUUUGCCCAAACAGAGAAUUCCUGCAGUGAAGAAACUGAAGUUAUGUGUAUUUUGGUGAAUUAACCUUUUGUUGUCAACCUUUUUCAAUUUUCUGUAGACAGUUUAUUUUUUAUAAAUGGUACGACUUUUAUGGACUUUUUGAAUACAAUGCUUAAAGAAGUAAUUUCUCUGUAUUUGCUUUUGCCAAGGGUGCCCCUAAACAGAAUUUCUUUUUCAAGAUUUUUAAAACCACUGUGGCAUUUCUGGACUGGGACAAUAUGAAACCUGACUUUGGUUUGGUACACCUAUCAAGCAUUUGGGAAGGCAUGCAUGGAGAGUCAUUAAAAGAACUAUUUGCAUUUUUUUUUCCAGCACUGACAUUUUACUUCACUAGGUCAAAUUUUAUCUACAGUCUUCUUGUCACUUUUCUUUUUGCAUUUAUAAUUAAAGGUUGUUAGAGGGGAGACAAAUCAUGUUUUAUGUUAGAAUAAAGCAAACAAGAUCAAGUGUUUAAAUAUAUUUUAUAUCCCAGCCAAAAAAGGUACAGUAAGUGUUUUGAAAUGAACAUUAAUUAGAAAUAUAUUGGGAGUGGUACAUUUGUAGCCAUUUAUAAAGCCAUAUGGUGAACAAAAUAUGACUUGGGUCAGUCAUACUUGGUUUUGUAAAUUCCUAUAUUGUGAUUGAUAUUUUUGUUUUAUUUAAAUAUAAAUUUGUUCUCUCUUUUGCAUUUUCAUUCUAAUAAUGAACUGACUUUAUAACACUAAGUAGGAGUCAUUGAGCUAUAGGAAAAAUGUGGAUUUAGAUUAAAAUUCCCAGUGUGAACAAGCUAUGGUUCUCCUUUGCAUUUAUAUUUUAAUUUUGUGAAUUGUUAAUAUAAUCGUCAUGAAACUGCCCAUUUCUUUAUUACAAAAACUAAAAUCUUUAAAGUAAUUUUUUAAAGUGAAGUUUUCCAUUUUUAUUAUUUUUGUUUUAUUUCCUCAGGAUGCCACAUUAUUAUAAUAGUCACGUAUAGUACUAGUGUCUGUCUUUAACAUUUACUGUAAAGAAAUUUAGCUUUUUGUAAAAAUUUGAUAUACAGCGAAAUUGAAGAUAAAAACACUUGGUGAAUUUAAAAAGUUCACACUUCAUAUGCCAUUGCAUAUCCCACAAAGUGAAGACCUGUUCACUAAGUUGAACUUUUUGUGAAAUUUCAUAACCAAAAGAAUUAAGAAUGUGUGUCACUUUCUGUGAUGGAGGUGUGGAGAUGUGUAUUAAUUGCUGAAUAAAUAGGGGUUUUUUUUUUGUUUUUUUUUUGUUUUUUUUUUGAUUAAACUUAUUUCUUCACAGUCAUGAUAUAUACUAAUUUGAUGUGUAAAAUUUCAUUCUAAAGUGGAGCAUUUUUUAUAAAUUAAAAACAUACAUAGUAUAUUCUUGCAUAUUAGGGGAACCAAUGUCCCAGCAUAAAACAAAGCAUUAACCAUAAGUAAUUUCUUAAAGUCAAAAUUGUUGGAGUAUCGAUCCAUAUCUUGAGAUUGCACACAUAUUGCUAAAAGGCAUACACAUGUUGUUUUAGGAAUCAGAAUCCCUUUUAUUCGCCAGUACUUAAUGUAUGGGAAUUUGACUUGGUAGAUUUGGAGAUCUUUAUAACAGAACAUAACAUCACAUACAAAUAACUUAAAUAGCAUAAGUUAAAAAGAAAAACUUCAGAGUUGCAAUUAUAUUGUAAAGUUAUAAAGGAGAUGUGCAAAUGAUUAUAAGCAAGAGAAAGUGUAAGUUUGUAGUGUGUGUGCAUGUGCAUACACAUACAGUACAUGUACACAUACUAUAACAACAACAACAUUUAUUUAUAUAGCACAUUUUCAUACAAAAAGUAGCUCAAAGUGCUUUACAUAAUGGAGAGAAGAAAAAUAAAAGACAAAAUAAGAAAUUAAAAUAUUACAUCAAUAAUUAAUUUCAAACAUUAAUAUCAAUAUUACAGGUGUUAUGUUGUUAUGGGGAAGGUGUAAAAUGAGAAAUGCUUUCACUAUAGGAAAUAAAUCACAACUUACACUAUACACACACACCUUUAUGCAGUUUAUGAGAGAACAUAAUAAUAACUGUUGUAAGACAGGCUAAGUUACUGGUUUGAGUGGGCUAUGGCUCUGGGAAAGAAACUUUUGAGGUGCCUGUUAGUUUUGAUUUUAAUUGACCAGAAACGUUUACCAGAGGGGAUUUUUUGGAAUAAGUGAUGAGCUGGGUGAGAUCAAUCUGUGGUGAUCUUUGCGACAUGGUUAUUGACACGAGAUGUGUACAGGUCUGCCACAGAUGGAAGAGCACAGACAAUUAUUUUCUCAGCAGACCUCACAAGACACUAAUUUAUGUUUAGAGUGUGCUGUUGCUGAACCAAACCAGACAACAAUAAAGAAUGUGAUUACACUUUCAAUUAUGGCUUUGUAAAGCUGAACUAGUAUUGGUUGGGAAAUAUUUAAUUUCCUUAGUUGGUGUAAGAAGUACAACUGCUGCUGAGCCUUCUUGUGAUGGAAGUUGUAUUAAUGUACCAGCGGCGAGUGUUUGUUAUACUGUAGUUGUUCCCAAAAUUUUGAAGGAUUUCACCAAAUUGACUGAAAAAUCAUUAAUCAGGAAUAAAGGCGCAAAAAGCAAAACAUUAUUGUGAGAUUUGGCCAUUUUAAAAGGUGACGACCUCUGUGGUCUUCCUCUGUGGCACCCUUCAGAAGCACUGUUGUGGUCCAACCUCGAAAGCAGUCUCCAGAUGCUGCUGUUGACAUUAUUGAAUGGGAAUGUCCAGAUAAUUGAUUUCUGACUCUGUUCUGUAGACCAGAACCUUUUUUUUUUCCUGUGACCCAACUUUGUCAAUUUAAUGUUUUCAAGUUCCAUAUUUGCCUCCAACAGUCAUUUCUGGUGUUUUGGGUCUUGUUUGGGAACCCUAUCCGCAUGGAGAGUCACAGAAGCAGCUUUCCCCACAAACAAUAUGUGACCCUUUUCCAUCAUGUACUAUUGUGAAUCAACUUUGUGCGCCCCAGUUUCAGAUAAUACCCAAUCCAUAGUGGGUCGCAACUCAUAGUUUAAGAACCUGUGCUGUAGACAACUAGGAAAUGCUUACUGACAAAAGUCACACUUGUGGUCACUCACUGUCUUUCACUAUGUAGCAGCUUAUUCCCAUCCAUCCAUUUUCCAAACCUGCUUUAUCCAGAGCAGGGUCAAGGGGAAGCUUGAGACCAUCCUCACAAACAUUGGCAAGGUAGGAACAAUCCACAAUCUCUGGACAGGGUGCCAGUCAAGCACAGGGUAGACACACAGACAGUCACUAGGGCCAUUUUAACAACACUAAUCCACCCAACUUGCAUGUCUUUGGACUGUGCAAGGAAACCAGAGUACCCAGAGGAAGCCCACACAGACACAUUUAGGACCUGGGAUAUGAACCAGCUAAAUCCACACACACUCAAAAAGAAAAUGAAGAUUGUAUUAGUUUCAACAGAUACUGCCUGCUGUUUUCAGUAUCACAAUGCAUGCAUGUGCUCCAGUGGUCUAGCAGAGGAAAGUUAGAGAGCUCUCAUGUAGUGUGCAAUCAAGUGACAAGAGCUGAACAGAUGUUAGGGACUUGCAUUUAGUUUUAAUCGAGCUGAAGUUUAGUACUGAUGUUUUAGCAUGGGCAGACUGGUAUCACAGAGCUGUCAUUCCAGCCUCACAGCACUCAAGUCUACAUGGAAUUCGGACAUUCUCUCCGUGUAUGAAUCGAUUAGUACUAAAACUUGGUGUCAAAACAUUACAUACAUCACCCACUGCGAGUAUGAAUCUCAUCCUGGCCUCAAGGAAAUUGUACCUGAAAUCUGUGAUAAAAUGUAUUACUGCUGCUUCACUUUUGUUGUCACAAGCAUUCCUCAGAAACGCUGAUGGCUCUUUUUCUUAAACAUUGGGACCCUUAACCUCCAUUAUAAGUGCAUGUGCAAGCUAGGUCAUUUUUUUAUUUUUAUAUAAAACACUUUAUAAGUGCAGUUUCAUGUGGCAAGUAAAUAUAUAGCAUGACUGUGAAAAAGUAACUACUUUUAUCCAUUAUGUUUUUAUAGUUAUAUGUUCACAUAGGACAAUUUUUAUUAUGGUUUGACAUUUAUAACUUGUGUUUUAUUUGAUUGAACAUUAAUAAUCUGGAAAGACUUUAGGUACUUUAAAAUACAUCAAUCACUCAUUUACUCAUAGGUAAUAAGACCUUAGCAAAGGCUUCGUUCAUAACAC